CUCAACUUCUUCAUCAAUUAAUCGCCACAACACAACGAUCAUGUUUAUCAUCUAUAUAUUUCUUUUUCUCUCCUCAGCCAUUAUAGAUUCAAAUGGGUUUGCAAAGGCCCAAAAGUUGGAAGCAAUCGGUGGGAAGGGGGGGAAGCAGUGGGAUGAUGGAGGCGACCAUGACAAUGUAGCAAAAGUUUAUAUAAGAGGUGGUCUUGAAGGCAUACAAUACAUCAAAUUUGAUUACGUCAAAGAUGGACAAUCUAUAGAUGGAUCCAUCCAUGGUGUUUCGGGUAGCGGUUUCACACAGACGUUUGAGAUUGAUUAUCUAAAUAGUGAAUAUAUUGUAUCUCUUGAUGGCUACUACGACAAAACUGGUGUGAUGCAAGCACUUGAAUUCAAAACCAAUCUCAAGACUUCUGAAUUGAUUGGGUAUCCUAAGGGUACUACAAAAUUUUCACUCGGAGGAGUCAAUGGCAAAAUGAUGAUUGGCUUCCAUGGAUCCGCUGGGAAAGCCCUAAACUCCAUUGGGGCAUAUUUAACAACAGCUCCUCCUACUAAGUCAGAACUCGUAGGUGGUCUAACCGGAGGCGAACCUUGGGAUGAUGGUCCUAAUAAUGAUGGCGUGAAAAAGAUAUCUGUUACUUACACUACCACUCUUAUAAGGAGUAUCAAUGUUGACUAUGAAAAGGACGGCCAAGUUGUAACACGUUACCAUGGGAUGAAGAAUGGAGAUACAGAGGAGUUUGUGGUAGACUAUCCAAAUGAAUAUUUGAUAUCAGUGGAGGGUACAUACAACACAAUCCCUGAUGAUAACGUUUUGGUCAUUAGAUCGUUGAUCUUCAAAACAUCAAAAGGGAGAAUCUCUCCCACAUAUGGGUUUGUGUCGGGUACCAAAUUUGUGUUGGAGAGCCAAGGUAAUGCUAUUGUUGGAUUUCAUGGGCGGGAUGGUGGUGCUUUCGACGCUAUCGGGGUUUAUUUCUCUCCGAUUCCUUCGUAAUUCAAAACUAUAAUGACUAUAAAACCAUAGAGUUCGAUGGAAAUAACGACUUCACUCGUUUCGCCAUGUUGCCUUAAAGCUCUCAUAUCUUCAAUUAAUGUUUUACUACGUAUUCUAGAUGUUUCUUAAAUUAGUAACUGAUUCCGAGUUUGCAACUCUUGUAAUAAAACAAGGUUUGAUUAUUAAACCUUUUUUAGGUAUUUCAAAAUAAAAUAAAAUCUUAUAGUUA